AUGUCGGUGUCGGUGGCUGCCGCGGGCAACCUGCCCAUGCGGCUGCUCCGGAAAAAAAUUCACAAGCGCAACCUGAAGCUGAGGCAGCGCAAUCUGAAGCUGCGGGCGGCCGAAGGGGCAGUGCCUCCGCCAGGCCAGGGACCAUCGCAGGGCCCUCCGGAGGAAGAGGAGGAGGAGGCGGCGGCGGCGGCUACAGAGAUAGAAGAGGUGGCGGCCGGAGCGGCCUCGGAGGAGGCAGAGACGGCGACGGCAGAGACUGCCGGCCGGAGCGGCGGGGAGAAGAAGAAAAAGAAGAAGAAAAAGAGGAAAGCGGCAGCCAAUGCGGAAGAUGAUAAAGAAACUAAAAAAGCCAAAACUGAAGAAGCUGAAUCUGUGGAGGUAGCAGAUGACCAUAAGCAGGAUUCCGGAGAAAAAGAAGAGGAGGAAGGGGAGGAGGACGAAGUGCCCAGUUUACCACUAGGUUUAACAGGUGCUUUUGAAGACAAUUCUUUUACUUCCCUGGCUGGCAUUGUCAGUGAGAAUACACUGAAAGGCGUAGAGGACAUGGGUUUUACACACAUGACUGAGAUUCAGCACAAAAGUAUUAAGCCACUUCUGGAAGGCAGGGAUAUUUUAGCAGCUGCAAAAACUGGCAGUGGCAAAACACUUGCAUUUCUUAUUCCUGCAGUAGAGCUCAUCUACAAGUUAAAAUUCAUGCCUAGAAAUGGAACAGGUGUUAUUAUUCUCUCUCCCACUCGAGAGCUUGCGAUGCAAACCUAUGGAGUUCUUAAAGAGCUUAUGAAUCAUCAUGUUCACACCUAUGGGCUGAUAAUGGGGGGCAGUAACAGAUCAGCAGAAGCACAGAAACUUGGAAAUGGAAUUAACAUCAUUGUAGCAACACCAGGAAGACUGCUGGAUCAUAUGCAGAACACUCCAGGUUUCAUGUAUAAGAACUUGCAGUGUUUGGUAAUUGAUGAGGCAGAUCGUAUCUUGGAGGUUGGAUUUGAAGAAGAAAUGAAACAGAUCAUAAAACUUCUACCAAAGCGCAGACAGACAAUGCUUUUUUCUGCUACACAAACCAGAAAGGUUGAAGAUCUGGCAAAGAUCUCUCUGAAGAAAGAGCCCCUAUACGUUGGGGUUGAUGAUAACAAGGAGACAGCAACAGUAGAUGGUCUUGAACAGGGGUAUGUAGUGUGUCCAUCUGAAAAAAGAUUCCUUUUGCUCUUCACAUUCCUCAAGAAGAACCGGAAGAAGAAACUAAUGGUAUUUUUUUCUUCAUGCAUGUCAGUCAAGUACCACUAUGAAUUACUCAACUACAUUGAUCUGCCUGUUUUGGCUAUUCAUGGCAAGCAGAAACAAACCAAACGUACUACAACGUUUUUCCAGUUCUGUAAUGCAGAAUCUGGAAUACUGUUGUGCACUGAUGUAGCUGCCAGAGGAUUGGAUAUUCCUGAGGUUGACUGGAUUGUCCAGUAUGACCCUCCAGAUGAUCCAAAAGAGUAUAUUCAUCGUGUUGGUAGAACUGCCAGAGGCAUAAAUGGUAGAGGACAUGCUCUGCUCAUUUUACGGCCAGAAGAACUGGGCUUUCUUCGUUACCUAAAACAAGCCAGGGUACCACUAAGUGAAUUUGAAUUUUCUUGGUCAAAAAUUUCAGACAUCCAGUCUCAGCUGGAAAAACUGAUUGAGAAGAACUACUUCCUUCAUAAGUCAGCCCAGGAAGCAUACAAAGCUUACAUCAGAGCUUAUGACUCCCAUUCUCUGAAGCAGAUCUAUGAUGUCAAUAACUUGGAUCUUCCCAAAGUCAGCCUUUCAUUUGGUUUUAAAAUUCCUCCAUUUGUUGACCUCAAUGUGCACAGCAACCAUGGCAGAAGACUGCAGAAAAGAGGUGGAGGUGGAGGAUUUGGUUAUCAGAAAUCGAAGAGUGUCCACAAAGCUAAAAUCUUCAAACACAUUAACAAGAAAUCAGACGGUCGACAAUUCUCGCGUUAAUUGGAUGUUCUUUGAAAUGGCUUGUGGCGUUGGAAUAGCCUACCUUCAGCAAAACAUCUGGCAGUUACUUCCAAGUUAAACUGCUCCUUUUUUCCACAUUUUUAGAGAUCCUUAUGGUUCUGCUUCUGUGAACGUCCUUUAUCUUUCAGUUCAGGAAGACUGGAAGAGAGACAAAAGGUAAAAAGGGAGGAUAUGGCCAAGUAAUUUUGCUGUACUUGUUGUAA